AUGUUUCAAAUCUUCAUUUCAAUAUUUUUGUUCAUUUCUCUUUCACAUUCGUUACAUGAACCAUUACCCUGUCCCGAUGAAUGUUUAUGUAAAGCACUCAAUACACCUAUCGAUGCACUAACACAAACAGAAUAUUCAAUUGAUUGUUCAGCUACAACAUUAAAUAAAUUAGUAUACAAUGCGCCAUUAAGAAUAGGUGGAGCUGAUAUACCAAACGAUGGUGAAAGUGAAGAUCAAGAUGAAGAUGAUGGUGCACAAAAAGACUAUUUAAUAUCGUUAGAUCUAUCUAAUACAGCUAUUAAAAUAUUUUCAAAUCAAACUGUUAAAUUAACUGGUUUUUCUCAUCAAAUUCAAGCUCUCUCAUUAACAUCAUUUAAUACAAAUUAUUUAUAUUGGAAAUAUCAUACAAUAAAUGUACGAAAACAUCUAAUGGAAGAUGAACAACCGGGUAUUAUGAUUGAUCCAUAUGCUUUUAAUUCAUCAUUAUUGACCAAUAUCAAAUCAUUAAAUUUAUCCUAUUGUUGUGAUGAAGAUGAAAAUCCAUUUGAUACUAUUUGUCCAUAUUUAUUUAAACCACUAAGUAAAUUAGAAACUCUUGAUAUGAGUGGAUCCGAUAUGUAUAAAGUGUGUUUAAAUACCCCAGGUUCAUAUUCAUCAACAUUACACAAUCUUAUCUUAAGACAUAAUCAAUAUGAUGUAUCAAUGUUUCCAAAUGAAAAAAUAUUUUCUGGUGUAAAAUAUAUUGAUGGUUUACUCGAUUUACAAAUGUCAACAUUUCAAAUGGGUGAUGAAAAUCGUACAAAUUGUAUAUUUGAUGUAUUUCGUUUUAUUACUGAAUUAGAUUUAUCAAAAAUUCGAUUUCGUUUAAAAACUGAUCUUGAAAAUGAUGUUGAUAAUAAUGAUAUGAUAUUAAAUUAUCUUACACGUUUAUUAAAAUGUCGAUCAACAAAAAUAACACAUAAUGGUCAACAAUUACUUGUAUUACGAUUACAACAAUUAAAUUUAAUAGAAUUACCAAUAAAUUUAAAUAAAACAUUUCCUCAAUUACAUACACUCGAUUUAAGUUAUAAUCAAAUACGAGAAAUUGAUAUUGAAUAUUUUAUUAAUUUAAAAACAUUUAUUAUUGAUUAUAAUCCAAUUGAUUUUAAUAUUAAUUUUCGUGAACCAAAUAAAAAUUAUUAUGAUAGUAUAAGUAUGAUAUCAACAACAACAACAACAAAAAAUAUGAAUAAAAAAGAUCAAUAUUCAUUUAUUGAAGAUCAAUUAGAAAAAUUAUUACAAUUAACAACAAAUAUUAAUUAUAGUUCAAAUUUAAUUAAAUCAUCAAUAUAUUCAAAUAUAACAAUGUUAGUUAGUAAUAUUGAUUUUGAUAUAAAUGGUCUUAUACUUAAUAUUAAAGAUAAUUCUAUUUAUUCAAUUGAUUUUGAAAAUAUUAAUAAAUUAAAUGAAUUACAUCAAUUAAAUAUUAAUGGAAAUAAUUUUAAUGAAAUAAAUUUAUUACGUCAAACAAAAUUAAUUUAUCUUGAUUGUUCAAAACAAUUAAAUCGUUCAUUAAAACGAUUAAUAUUAAAUUUAGAUUUAUAUGAAUUAGAAUAUUUAUCAUGUACACAUAAUCAAUUAAUAAAUAUUGAACAAUUUGAUAUUAAUAAACAACAUAAAUUAAAAUAUUUAGAUUUAUCAUAUAAUAAAUUUAAUAAUAGUUUUUUAAUACCAUUUUUAACAAAUAUAAGAAGUAAAAAUAUUCAAAUUAUACGUUUAACAUCAAAUUAUUUAACAAAAUUAACAACAAAUAUGUUUAAUAAUCAUUUAGUUAAUCUUUAUGAAUUAAAUUUAUCAAAUAAUUUAAUUGAAACAAUUGAAUCAUUAGCAAUACAAUCACCAAAUUUAGAAAUAUUAGAUUUAACUGGUAAUCCAUUACAAAUAAUAGCUAUGGAUGCAUUAUUACCAAAAAUUAAUUUAUUAUUUAUUUCACAAGAUUUAUUAAAACAACAAAAACAUUGUUCAUCAAAUAUAAUGAAAUUUUAUUCAUUUUGGUAUAAAAAUAAUGGUACAUAUAUUCAAAAAUCAUUAUUAUAUAAUCCUUUAUCAAUAAUGAAUAAAAAAGAUCAAAAUAAAUUUAUUUUAUGUCAAAAACAAUAUAUACGUGGUAGAUCAAAAUGGUUAAAUCGAACACGAUCCUAUUCUGGUAUAGCAUUAUUUAUUGCUCUAUUUGCAUUUUUAAUCGGUAUUAUAUUAGGUUCGAUUAUUUUAUAUAAACAAAAAUAUAGUCAUAAUAGAAGAAAAUAUCGUCUAUUAAAUAAUGAUAAAAUAAUAGAUUUAAAUGAAAAUAAUCAUAAUAAUAAUCAUAAUGGGAAUCGAAGUGAUGAUGAAGAAGAACAAAUUGUUAUGAGUUUAACUGAUCCACCAUUUUUUAGUGAUAAUAGAAAUGUUAAACCAACAUCUGUAUAA